AAAUAUCGUGAAAUAUGUAUCCGUAUUGUAUUGUUUGGCGCGUCUGAGGGAUCGACAUUUGGAUCUCGUCGAUGGAUGGGAUCUAUCCGUCGGGGGAAAUUGAAGGAAAUGGUCUGUCCUAAAGACUGGACUGAGACUGUCGAGGGAUAAAGAUGCCAAUAUUACGUCGAAUUGUAAAACACAUUGGUUCGGUCUACAGAUUCAACUAGUUUGGCAUAAAUAUCCGGCAAAAUCUCUUAUGGGCAUCUGAUUUCAAAGUGAAAGUUUCAUCAAGUCAAUGAAUACUCACUCAGUGGGAAUGAGAAAAGUUCCCCAAACGAAUGCGACAUUGCCCAAUCCAUUUUAGGCUACACUGGGCUAUUUAAUCAAUUGAGGGAAUAAGGCAAUCGGCAACCCUCAUCGUUCGUAUUUGGCUGUAAUGAAUAAGAGCCGUGUGCUCCUUUUGUUGUAGCACAACCCAGCUAAAAUAACGCUUCAGUGCAAACAUUAGCAUAAGGUCAGUAGGUUAAUCUCUUAGAGCCUUAUGAAAGACUGGGGAUAAUUAUUUUACUAUAAGCAGGAUAAGUUCAUAUUGAAUUGAGUAUGUAAACCUAUGAACCCAUCGUUGCUUGGAGCCUAACAACAGUUACGCUAAAGAUUGUUGCCGCUGGUUAUUGAUAGCAUAAAUCGAAUAUUGGCAGUGCUGCUGAACUGGGGGGUAUAGAUCUUAGGUGUGUUUGUUUUUCUGUAGCCUGAAUGUUGCUUUUUAUUUUUGUCUGUACAUGUCGUUAUGUCGGAUGAGGAUUCGCGUGCCAGCAUUAGUUCUUCUUCCUCAAUUUAUCAGCAGUUAAAAAUAAACGCGCCUAAGAAACGAGCAGAAAGCAAAGCCAUCAUGAGCAAGACCUCCAAACUCCUCUCCACGAGCGCGAAAAGAAUUCAGAAGGAGUUGGCUGACAUUACUUUGGAUCCGCCACCGAACUGCAGUGCGGGUCCAAAAGGAGACAACAUCUAUGAGUGGAGAUCCACCAUCCUGGGACCACCAGGCUCUGUGUACGAGGGAGGGGUCUUCUUCCUAGAUAUCGCCUUUACACCAGACUACCCCUUCAAACCACCCAAGGUGACGUUCCGUACCAGGAUCUACCACUGUAACAUCAACAGUCAGGGUGUGAUCUGUCUGGACAUCCUGAAGGACAACUGGAGCCCCGCCCUCACCAUCUCCAAGGUGCUGCUGUCCAUCUGCUCCCUGCUCACUGACUGCAACCCUGCUGACCCUCUGGUAGGAAGCAUCGCCACCCAAUACACAACCAACAGACCAGAGCACGACAGGAUAGCCAAACAGUGGACCAAGAGAUACGCCACAUAGAUACACAGGAUUGGGUCGUAUUCAUUAGGCACUACAUGGACUUGUCCAAUAAGAAAAGUUCAUUUGUUUGACAUAGCAUACCCUAACAACUACGACCCUGGGCAACAUGAGAGGGAGAGGAUAGGGGGUGUUAGAGCUCCUUCUGGGAUGACUCAGGGACAGGAGUGGGGGGGAAAGGAAGGGUAGAGAAUAGGGGAGGAUAUUUAUCUUGGAAUUUAAGUCUUCAUCUCCUGAUAUUUUGUUUAUGGUAUUUAAGUUCUCUGACCUGUAUAUUACCAUUGAUGCUUUUCAAUGUGUUAACUUGAAGUUCUUUAAAAUUAUUACAUUUUUAGCUAAUUGUGCUUCGAAAGGAAAUUAAUUCUACAUGUUUGGUCUGCUUAUAUAAACCUGUCACACACAGCAUGGUUUCCUGGUAGAA